AUCGGACAUAUCGUUGGACUUUGUUCCCCUGGAAAUCCAACUGCGGAUCACGAUGACUGCACAUUUCACCUCACGAGACCCGCACUAAAAGUGUUUUUGUUGCGCUCGAUUAAUAAUUUGUGUGGUGGAAAGUCCCAUGGAACUGGAGUUAUAAAUUAAGCGGUUACUACUGGGCCAAGCUCAGACUGACUGAAAUAAUGGCCGGGAAUAAAGCUCUGCUGAUCUGCUGUUUUGUGGUGAUGGUUGCGAGCGAUCCCACGGAUGUGGACUGCAACCUACGUCAGGAUUUAAGUGCCCUAAAGAACUGCUGUGCCUAUCCCAAAUUUAUGUUUGAAGAAUUCCAAAAUCAAUGUGGCAGGUAUAUGCCAGCUGGUGCUCCAAGAAUUUCUCCAUGCCUCUAUGAAUGCAUCUUCAAUGUUACAAACACCCUCGUGGAUUCAGCUAUUCAUCCUCACAACACCAAACUGAUGCUGGAGAGACUGGUUGGUCCGAACCCGGAGUUUCAGGAUGCCUACUUGAAUGGCUUGCUGAGCUGUACGGAAACUGUCAAGGAGAUCAUGAGGGAGAGAAAGCCCCGUAAAACCGAUCAGUGCUCUCCGAUCGCGGUUCUCUACGGCGUUUGUGCCCGGAAACAUGUGUUCAACCAUUGCCCGUCAUCCAGUUGGUCCGGAACUGAAACCUGCGAAAAGGCUCGUUUGCAAAACCUGAACUGUCAGAGUUCGAAGGCAUCACGUGGUUACAACAAUCGUUUAAUCUAAUGUCGUAGACGGAAAUAAAAGUUUAAGUGAGCAUAAUAAACUCUUGAUGGGGAGUGUUAAGUAAA